AUGACAACAACGGAGAUGACAGCGACGGGGGGUGAAAUGGUGCUGCUGGCCAUGCUUCCAGAAGAAAGCCGCGUGAUGCUAGUGCAGACGUCACGCUUGCAGACUGUCGGGGAUUUGGAGGACUUUAUCGUAGACGAGUACGCGCGCGUCUUUCCGCACCUGCCCCCGCUCAGCCGCGGCCUGCGCCUCCAGAAGUGCGUGUCGCCUGAGCUGGUGUUAGACCGUCGGGCACAUACUGCAGUGCAUCAGGAGGCGUCCCAUAGAUUUGUGGAUCUGGCGAAGAACGUGCAGGCCGGAAACGUCUUUCACAACAUGGAGCAGAUUUACAUUGUGACCCACGCGAAAUUGAAGCCGAAGAAGGCACUUGUGGCCCAGCCAACCGCAAUCGUAGCUCGCGAGGAAGAGGAGAAAAGUGAGGCUCAGGGCGCGCAGAAACCGCAGGCUCCGGAGAAGAUUGUGGAAGCAGUGGAAGGGGGCCAAGCUGCAAUUGGAACCCAGAGUAACGACAGCGCAAAGGAGAAAGUGCCAGGCCGCAACGAGAAGAUUGUGGAGAAGGAGCGACAUGCACCCAGCAAGACUUCUGCUGGGAUUGAAUCACGGGUCAAGGAAAAGAAUGUUUCUGGCAGUGUCACGAAAGCCGCCACAAAGGAGACGGCCGACGCGAAGAAGCACGUUGCUGAUGAAAGCACUGGUGGUAGAAAAAAGGUGGUGGCGAAGCAGAGUAGUGAGAAGGCUGAUUUGAAGUAUAAGUCGACAAAAGCUGGCACGGAGCAAAAGAGUGAGUCAAAGAAGACUGGCAAGAAGGAGACGAAUGACGUGAAGGAAACGAAGAAAAAAAGCCGACGAAGAUCGUUGCUGAGACGAACGAAAAAAGCCCUGUGA